AUGGUGCGCAAGCGCGUCGACGAGCGCGUGCGGCGCUUCAUCGAGGAGGGCGUGGCCCUGGAGCAGCGGUCGCUCGUCGUGCUCGUCGGCGACUACGGCAAGGACCAGGUCGUGAACCUGCACGCGAUCCUGAGCAAGGCGCGCGUGCGCGCGCGGCCGUCGGUGCUCUGGUGCUACAAGAAGGAGCUCGGCUUCAGCACGCACCGCAAGAAGCGCAUGAAGGCGAUCAAGAAGCAGAUCGCGCGCGGGCUGCACGACGCGACGGACGAACCCUUCGAGCUCUUCAUCUCGCAGACGGACAUCCGCUGGUGCUACUACCGGGACACGCACAAGAUCCUCGGCGCGACCUACGGCACGCUCGUGCUCCAGGACUUCGAGGCGCUGACGCCGAACCUGCUCGCGCGGACGAUCGAGACCGUCGAGGGCGGCGGCCUCGUCGUCGUGCUGCUCCGGACCGUCACGUCGCUCAAGCAGCUCUACGCCAUGUCCAUGGACGUGCACGCGCGCUUCCGGGGCUCGGCGACGCGCGGCGAGUGCGUGCCGCGCUUCAACGAGCGCUUCAUCCUGAGCCUCGCGGACUGCCGGCGGUGCCUCGUCCUCGACGACGAGCUCAACGUGCUGCCCCUGAGCCGCAAGCACGUCGCCCGCUUCGAGGACGCGCCGCCGGACGCGCCGCCGCCGCCGUCGGCGGCCGUCAGGGCCGAGAUCGAGGACCUGGCGGCGACGCUCGCGGACGCGCCGCCGGCGGGCGAGCUCGUCGCCAAGGCGCGGACGCUCGACCAGGCGCGCGCGGUGCUCGCCUUCAUCGACGCCCUCGCGGAGCGCCGCGCGCGGUCCGUGACGACGCUCACGGCGCCGCGCGGCCGCGGCAAGUCCGCCGCGCUCGGCCUGUGCCUCGCGGCCGCCGUCGCGACGGGAUACGCGUCCGUCACGGCCCCGUCGCCGGAGAACGUGGGCACGGUCUUCGAGUUCCUGCUCGUGGGGCUCGAGGCUUUACAUUAUUCGGAGCACGGCGACUACGAGGUCCUCAAGCACCGCACCGACGGGGGCGACGACGUGCCCGUGCGCGUCAACGUCUACACGAAGAAGGACGGCGGCGAGCGGACGACGCGCCAGGUCGUCCAGUACGUGUCGCCCGGCGACCCGGAGAAGCUGAGCCACGCGGAGCUGCUCGUCAUCGACGAGGCCGCCGCGCUGCCGCUGCCGACGGUCAAGAAGCUCCUCGGGCCCUACGUCGUCUUCCUCGCGUCGACGGUGACGGGCUACGAGGGCACGGGCCGCGCGCUCCAGCUCAAGCUCAUCGCCCAGCUCCGCGCGCAGCACGCGCGCCGCGCGGUCACGGAAGCCGCGGCGGACGCGGCGGACGGCGUGCGGGGCGUCGCGCACGCGAAGAAGGGCGACCUCAAGCUCCACGAGGCGCGCUGGGCCGAGGCCUCCGCCGCCGCCAAGGGCGCGAGCGACGCCGGCGGCGCCAAGUCCCUGCGGGAGCUCGCGCUCGAGGCGCCGAUCCGCUACGCGGCGGGCGACGACGUCGAGGCCUGGUUGCACCGCGCGCUCUGCCUCGACUCGCCGAAGCGCGGCUGCUUCGCGCUGAGCCGGGGCCUGCCGGCGCCCGCGGCCUGCGGGCUGUACGAGGUCGACCGCGACGCGCUCUUCUCCUACCACGCGCUCAGCGAGCGGUUCCUCCAGCGCGUCAUGGCGCUCUACACCGCGGCGCACUACAAGAACCAGCCCAACGACCUGCAAUUGUUGAGCGACGCGCCGGCGCACCGGCUCUACGUGCUCCUGGGCCCCGUCGACGAGGCCGCGCCGCCGGGGACGCUGCCGGACGUGCUCGUCGUCGUCCAGGUCGCGCUCGAGGGGCUCAUCGCCGCGGACGUCGUCCGGGGCGCGCUCGCGCGCGGCGAGCGCGCGGCGGGCGACCUCGUGCCCUGGACGCUGUCACAGCAGUUCUGCGACCCGAGCUUCGCGAAGCUGUCGGGCGCGCGCGUCGUCCGGGUGGCGACGCAUCCCGACGCGCAGCGCAUGGGCUACGGCGCCAAGGCGCUCGCGGACCUGGUCAAGUACUUCGAGGGCGACCUCGACGAGGGCAUGGAGGACGACGACGACGACGAGGACGAGGACGAGGCGGCGGCGGCGGAGGACGACGACGACGCGUCGGACGACGACGCGUCGGACGACGACCGGGGCGAGAUCGCGCGGAUGAAGAGCCUCCGGAAGGAGGAGCUGAAGCCGCGGUCGAAGCUGCCGCCGCUGCUGGCGCCCGUGGGUGCCAAGGCCGCGCCGGCGCUCCAGUGGGUCGGCGCGUCCUUCGGACUCACGGAGGGCCUCUUCGAGUUCUGGGGCAAGCUCGGCAUGCGGCCCUGCUACGUGCGGCAGACGGCGAACGACGUCACGGGCGAGCACACGGCCAUCGUCCUGCGGGAGAUCCGGUCCGCGGCGGGCGUCCAGGCCGGCUGGUCCGACGCCUUCGUCGACGACUUCCGGCGGCGCGUCGGCGCGCUGCUCGGCGCGCCGUGCUUCCACGCCUUCCCCCUGUCCCUGAGCCUCGGCCUCCUGGGCGCGCGCGAUGCGUCCUCGGUCCUCAACGCGCGCGUCUUCGGCGGCGACGGCGGCGGCCGGUCUCUGCCGCCCGCGGCGGGGGCCGCGGAGCUCGGCUACGCGUUCACGGCCCACGACCUCGACCGCCUGGACCUCUACGCGAAGAACAUGGUGGACCACCACCUCAUCAGCGACCUCCUGCCGCGGCUCGGCGAGCUCUGCUUCGCGGGCAAGCUCGCGGGCGUCAAGCUCUCGCUGCUCCAGGCCGCCAUCGUGCUCGGCCUGAGCCUCCAGCGCAAGGACGUCGCCGACGUGGCCUCGGAGCUCAACCUGCCCGUGUCGCAGGCUUUGGCGCUCUACAACAAGGCCGUGCGCAAGUUCUCGGCCGCGAUCCGCGGCGUCCGCGAGGCCCACGUGCGCGACGUCGAGCUGGGCCUGGGCAAGCAGGACGCCGCGCGCCGCGAGGCGCGCGCGGCCAAGCUCACGCCCGUGGCCACGUCGCUCGACGACGAGCAGCGCGCGGCCGCGGACGACGCGGCGGCGGCGGCGGCGCCCGCGCGGUCCGGGCCGUCGCUCCUCGACGCCCUCGAGGACGCGGGCGACGACUUCGCCAUCGACGACGCGACGGCCGCGGCCCUCGCGCGCGCCGCCGACGGCGGCCUCCGCGACGGCGCGCUCGUCCAGGUGCCCUCGACCAAGGCGCCGCGCGCGCGCGGCGGCGACGAGCCCGCCGCCUCGCCGAAGAAGGCGAAGAAGCAGAAGCGCGACGGCGGCGGCGGCAAGAAGAAGAAGAUGCGGGGCGCUGCGUCCUUCGGCCGCGUGCUCGUGGCCAAUCGCGGCGAAAUUGCCCUCCGCAUCAUGCGCGCGUGCGCGGCGGAAGGCCUCGAGAGCGUCGCCGUGUGCGCGCGCGAGGACGCUAACUCGGCGCACGUCGCCGCGGCGACGACGUCCGUCGUCAUCGGCCACGAGUCGUCGAGCGGCGGGUCCGAGGGCGGGCCCAUCGCGCCCUACCUGGACGUCGACGGCAUCGUCGCCGCGGCGCUCGCGUCCGGCGCGGGCGCGGUGCACCCCGGCUACGGCUUCCUGAGCGAGUCCGCGGCCCUCGCGGGGGCCUGCGCGGCGAACGGCCUCGUCUUCGUCGGGCCGUCGGCGGCGGCCAUCGACACCUUCGGCGACAAGGUCACCGCGCGCGCGCUGGCGACGGACCUCGGCGUGCCCGUCGCCAGGGGCAGCGGCGAGGGCGACGCCUUCGCCGCGGGCGCCGACGUCGAGGCCUGGCUCGCCGCGGAGGGCCUGGAGUUCCCCGUCAUGCUCAAGGCCGCGUCCGGCGGCGGCGGCCGGGGCAUGCGCGUCUGCCGGUCCAUGGCCGAGGUCGCGCCGAACUUCGCGCGCUGCUCGAGCGAGGCCGCGGCGGCCUUCGGGGACUCGCGCGUCUUCGUCGAGGAGUUCGUCGAGGACGCCAAGCACCUCGAGGUCCAGGUGCUCUGGGACGCGCACGGCGACGGCGUCCACCUCUUCGAGCGCGACUGCUCCGUGCAGCGGCGGAACCAGAAGGUCGUCGAGUGGAGCCCGCCGCGCGACCUGUGCGAGGAGCUGCGGAGCACGCUCACGUCGAGCGCCCUGGACCUGACGCGGGCCGCGGGCUACGCCAACGCGGGCACCGUCGAGUUCCUCGUCCGCGGGCGCCUCGACGACGCGACCUCGCGGGCGUUCUUCAUGGAGGUCAACCCGCGCAUCCAGGUCGAGCACACGGUCACGGAGCUCACGACGGGCGUCGACCUCGUGCGCUGUCAGCUGCGCGUCGCCCGGGGCGAGACGCUCGCGGCCAUCGCGGCCCGGGGCGACGUCGGCGCCGUCUUUCCCCAGUCGGCCGUCGAGGCCAAACACUGGGCCAUGCAGUGCCGCGUCUCCGUCGCGCCGCCGACGAAGCCCGAGCACACGGGCGUCCUGACGGCCUACGACGAGCCCGCCGGCCACCGCGUCGACGCCGCGGGCGACCCCUGGCGGCCCGGCGACGCGCCGUCGACGCUCUACGAUCCGCUGAUGGCCAAGCUCUGCACGACCGUGCCCGCGGCCGAGCCCUUCGCCGCGCUCGUCGCCAAGACGCGGGACGCCGUCGCGAACUACGUCAUCGAGGGCGUGAACACGAACCUGGACGAGCACGCGGCGAUCCUCGACCACGCGCGCAUGGCCGACGACGCCAUCACGACGGGCUUCCUGGAGAAGGUGCUGGACGCCGCCGACGACGACGUCGACGAGGCGACGGCCGUGGACGUGGCGGGGCGCCCCCUGGCGGCGCCGUCGGCCGGCGCCGUCGUCGCGGUCCUGAAGCGGGCGGGCGACGCCGUCGCGCGCGGCGACGCGGUCGUCGUCCUGUCGUUCAUGAAGCUCGAAAUGGAGAUCAAGUCCGAGGUGUCGGGUUUUGUCGACGACGUGCUCGUGCGCGUCGGCGACCAGGUGGACCAGGCGCAGACGCUGGCGCUGACGUCGGGCAAGUACGCGCGGAAGCGCGCGACGGGGCCGGCCGCGGACCUCAAGCGGACGCGCCGCGAGAAGGUCGACGCCGUCGCGAGCGCCGACUACGCGCCGAGCGACGCGGAGCUCGCGGCGCUCGCGCGCUGCUGGCGGCCCGGCGGGCCCGACGUCGGCGCCUUGGACUCCGCGGCGGCCGACGCGGCGUUCUCGGAGCUCCCGGUCCUGGAGUCGCAGCUCGACGAGAACGGCGACGCCUACCGGGAGCGCGUCGCGCACCACCGCGCCCUGGCCGCCGAGCUCCGGGAGAAGCACGGCGCGCUGGCCGAGGGCGGCCGCGCGAAGAGCGUCGCGCGGCACCGGUCGCGCGGCAAGCGGCUGCCGCGCGAGCGCAUCGCCGCGAUCUGCGACGCCGGCGCGGACGUCCUCGAGCUGUCGCCCCUGGCCGCCGACGGCAUGUACGGCGGCGCCGUCGCGUCCGGCGGCAUCGUCACGGCGAUCGGCCCCGUGCGGGGCCGCGACUGCGUCUUCGUCGCGAACGACGCGACGAUCAAGGGCGGCACGUACCACCCCGUGACCGUCAAGAAGCACCUGCGCGCCCAGGCCGUCGCCGAGGCGCUGAAGCUGCCCUGCGUCUACCUCGUCGACAGCGGCGGCGCCUUCCUGCCGCUCCAGGACGAGAUCUUCCCGGACAAGGACCACUUCGGCCGCAUCUUCUACAACCAGGCCCGCAUGUCGGCGAAGCGCGUCCCCCAGGUCGCCUGCGUGCUCGGGUCCUGCACGGCCGGCGGCGCCUACCAGCCGGCCAUGUCCGACGAGGCGAUCAUCGUGCGCGGCAACGGCACGAUCUUCCUCGCGGGGCCGCCGCUCGUCAAGGCGGCGACGGGCGAGGAGAUCUCCGCGGAAUCGCUCGGCGGCGCGGACACGCACGCGGUCCACAGCGGCGUCGUGGACCACGCGGCGGACGACGAGGACGACGCCCUGCUCAAGUGCCGCGAGCUCGUGCACAACUUGGUCGACGCCGCGCCGGGCGCCGCCGCCGCGGACGACGCCGCGGGCGAGAAGCCCGCGUACGCCGCGGAGUCGAUCUACGGCGUGCUGCCGACGGACAACGCCCAGCUCUACGACCCGCGCGAGCUGCUGGCGCGCGUGCUCGACGGGAGCCGCUUCUCCGAGUUCAAGGCGCUCUACGGGCCGACGCUCGUCUGCGGCUUCGGCCGCGUCGACGGCCGCCGCGUCGGCGUGCUCGCGAACGGCGGCGUGCUCGACUCGAAGGCGUCCCAGAAGGGCGCCCACUUCGUCGAGCUCUGCAGCCAGCGGGGCGUGCCCGUGCUCUUCCUCCAGAACAUCACGGGCUUCUCCGUGGGGUCCGUCGCCGAGAAGGGCGGCAUCGCGCGCGACGGCGCGAAGCUCGUCGCGGCCGUGUCCUGCGCCGACCGGCGCGCCAACGUGCCCAAGAUCACGCUCCUCGUCGGCGGCAGCCACGGCGCGGGCAACUACGGCAUGUGCGGCCGGGCCUUCGAGCCCGACUUCCUCUUCUCGUACCCGAACUCGCGCAUCGGCGUCAUGGGCGCGGCCCAGGCCGCGGACACGCUCCUGACGGUGAAGCAGGCGGCCCUCGCCGCCGCGGGCGAGGCCCCGCUCGACGACGACGCGGCGGCGGCGUUCAAGCGGCCCGUCCAGGACUCCUUCGAGGCCCAGGCGAGCCCCUACUACGCGACGGCGCGCCUCUGGGACGACGGCGUCAUCGACCCCAAGGACACGCGCGCGGUGCUGGCCAAGGCGCUGAAGGUCGUGUCGGGGAAGGAGCGCGGCGACCUCGGCCGCGGCGUCUUCCGCAUCCCGACGCUCGCCCGCGUCAAGAAGACGCGCGAGGCCUUCGACGAGAAGGACAGCGCCGCGAGCCAGAUCGCCCACGACGCGACGCUCAAGGACUGGGAGGAGGACGGCCACAACAGCGGCGCCCACGCGGAGGCGUGCUACCGCCGCGUCGACGCGGCGCAGGUCGGCCUGUGCGCGGCGAUCGUGCUCGAGUCCGCCCUCGGCGGCGACGUCUCCCGCCCCCGCCUCCUCUCGCUCGCCCUGACGCUGGCCCUGGCCUACGGCCUGCGCGAGGCCACGGCGCGGCUCUGGUACGCGCGGCACUACACCCGCGAACACGGCAGGGAAACCUGGGAGCUCGACAACUACGCCAAGGGCGAGCGCGAGGAGAUGGUCGGGUUGUGGAUGUUCAAGGGCCUGGCGCGGCCCGACGCCGAGCGCGUCAUCGCGACCCUGAGCGACUACAAGGCCUUCUUCGUGAACCUCAUGAUGACCGAGGAGCUCCGCAUGUUCGAGCCCGCCGCGAAUCCCGGCGCGCAGUGCGCGCAGCUCGCGGCCUGCGUGGCCCUCGGCGCGGCCCUGCCCCUCUGCUGCGGGGGACUGGCCGCCGCCUGCGCGCCGGCGGUCGCCGGGGGCGCCUACGGCGCGUCGCUCGACGGCUCGUCGCCGGCCGGCGCCGCGUCGUUCGCGACCUUCGCGGCCGCGACGGCGGCCCUCGCCUGGACGGGCGGCUGGCGGGCCUCCUUCUCCCGCCUCGCCUACACGCGCCACGCCCUCGAGUCCGCGAGCGUCGGCUUCGCCUGCCUCCUCCUCCCCAAACUCUGCGCGGCGCUCGUCGCGUGAUCGACCGGUCCGCUUCCCGCGGGGGGCACCCCCGCGGCUCGAGUAAUCAGACCUGCUGUGUU